AUGACCUCUGGCGUUUCUCCGGAAUCAAUGGAGCUUCUGCAGCGCUAUGGCGUUGAUGUUAGGGACUUUACCAGGGCUGAAAAAUACUUCAAUUCCGAGGAUAUGCUGAAUGCACUGAAGACUCGAGGGGAUAUGCAAAUCCAAGGAGAAACUGGGGAGGAUCUUGCUGAGUCCAUAAAAACGACUCAUAUGCGGCUGGAGGAAGCCUGGAGUGAGUACGUGGCUUCUGUUCGCCAGUAUUUUAACCGUAUCUCCCGCGAUAUCGCACGAGAACUAACUGGUAACGAAUUGGAAGACGAAGCAGGCCCCCUCAGCUACUGUGAUUUGAACAAGAAUACUCCGGAUGUGUCUUCUGUAGCUGAGCACGCCAACAGUGGACUUGAUGCCGAGAUUAUUAAUGGUAAAGACAUAUACUUAUCGGGAGUUGAGAAAGCUAUGGAUUCGAAGGGAUCCCAGGAGGGGUUGCAGCAAAGUAUUGCAAGAUCUCCCUCCCCAUUUCAUUCACCGGAUAGGGGGGCCGCCAACCCCGUCAAUGCACCUCCCCUCCCCUCUUCUUCCUCAUCGUAUGCACCCCUGGUGGGUAUGCCUCGGGCUGAACGAAUGAAUGAUUUUUGUGUUCUAGCUGAAAAAUUCUACUUCCGACAUGAGAAGUACUUUGACUUGCCAUUGCCAUUGGUGUGGGCACGGAUCGUUGCAUCUGCGGUGGCUUCUGUGAGCCGACUGUACCGUUUGCUGGGGAUGCGAAUCGCGUACCUUUGUUCAGGGAGUACAUACUUUAUCCGUCGAAUCGUUGAGGACUGUGAGGUGUCACAUUGGAUUGGUCUGUAUGGGGACCGAGAGAUCUCCGCGGAGGUGGGUGCGCUGCUUAAUUUAAUGGAACGCAUGAUAUCCCUUCGAGAGGAGCGGCGUGGGGGGUACCCGAAUAUACCGUUUGGCUGGCUAUACCGCCUGGAGGCUCUAAUCAACCCGCAGAACCCUAUUCUGAAUCUUCCGCCGAAGCAUAAGAGACAGGCCAUUCGGAUCGCCAUCCGACUGCUGAAAGUUUCUCCAGGCGAGGCGACCGCGGUGCAGCUGCACAACGCGCUCCUCCGGAACUGCCUCACCAAAGGCGAGGCCACCGCUGAGGAGUCUGCCGCGGUGGUGAAGGUCUUGCUCAACCUUUUAGAUGAUCCCGCGACGCAGAAGUAUCUUCGCCUCAACGAGAUUGGGGUGCUAUUUACCCCUUUUUUCGAGACCUCCACGGCGGGGAGUAGCCCCGACACGCUGGCCAGGUUGAACCUCUCCAAGGACAUGAUAGCGCUCUUCAUGACGACCUGGGUGGGGGUUUUCUGGAUCAUGUUCGAAACGACGUUCAUUCGCACGCUGAUAGACGUCCUGCACCUACCGAGUGAUCUGGAUCGCAAAAUGGUGAUCUUCACCUUGUUCAACAAGGUGCUUGUGAGCCUGGCGCCGCACCGCGGGAUCGCAAAGAUCGAGCCGUGGACGGGGAUUGAAGGGGGCCAUCGGCGCCGUGUAGGGGGAACCUCGGCGUCAGCCAGCACCUGCGUGGAUGGGGAGGUGAGCUCGCCCGGGAGGGACUUCCUGACCUGCCUGGGCGCCGAUAACUCGCUGAGCACGGUGGUGAUGAACGAGUCCGAUGGUAACGAGAAUUACGUGCCGACGCGGAAGGCGCUGGGUUACCACAUCAUGGACCCCCUUCUUGGGACCGUUCUUAUCGGGCUCAACCACCACGGCCUCCCACUCGCGCUGAUUAACGUGCUGCAGACGGUCGGGAAGAGCCACCUGGAGGUCGGGAUGGCGUCGCAGCUGCUACAGGACCUCUGCGUGCUCAUGGAUACGGUGCUCCCGCAGGAGACCUCGGGUGGUCUGCACGAAGCCUUUAACCGCGCGCUUGGCCGAUUAACCCGUAAUGGGGAUCCAUUCGUCAGCAACCUCACCUCUCGUCUCUUUCACGGCAGCAAAAACCGUGGUGGGGGCGGGAGGUCGGAGGGGAGUGGCUGGGUCACCGUUAGCAGCCCUCUAUCCCGCGCCACACAGCCGGCGGUGCCGAUCGCAAUGAUCGCCUCGUCUGAUAUGGAUGAUGCCACUUUUCUGAACACGCUGCGGGAUACUCGGGUGGAGCGGAACCCCUUGGACUUCCGGGUCUGGAACUUCGACCUACUGUUGCUGUUUGUGCAGGGCCCACUGCGGACCGUUAGUCGCCUACAUAUGGCGACGCCCGUUCUAAAAAUUCUCAUCGGCUUCUACACGCCCAACGACGGGAAAAAGUUUUUUUUCGUGCGCCCCUUUUCCUCCCUGAGUGCUGAGGAGGCUAGUGUGCCGAUGUGUCUUUUGGGAAUUGAACUCGUGAGCCUGUUGCUCUCUACCCGCGAUGGGGCCGAUUUGCUGGAGAAAUCAGGGAUGCCUACGGCAGUGGCAAGCAUGCUCCAGGAGGUGCGUACGGGCAACCCGCAGAUCCUCACGAAGGAGCGGGUGAAUUCGCACGUCGGGCACGCGCUUCUGCGCAUGGUGGGGUGCUUCUCAGCCUAUGCAAACGGCCUCCUCCUCAUGCAGGAGCACAACUUUUUUUUUAUCAUUGAUAGCUUGUUUCGUAGGCUUCAGGACUCUCGGUUCAACGACUCAGGGGCGACAGAUACCCUUGAGGAUGUGUGCCAUCAGCUUCUGCAAUAUCUUUACAUUGGCGUGGUCCCGAACUACGGGGUCUGCGAUGAUAUCCGUUACACCAUCCGAGGGGCAUUAAGGAACCCCUCCGAAUCUAUUCGUCUGUGCGCGACGAAGCUUCUCAAAACGGUGGUUUGGCAUGACCUGUCGACAUCGAUGAAGUGGGGGAUUGAGAUGCUGUUGCAGGUGCUGCAUGAUGAUUCUGUGAAAAUCGUGAAGAGCGCAUUCGGGCAACUACUCAGCAUCUGCAUGUUCUCGGAUGAGGGCUUGGACUAUUUAAUCUCGCUCUUUCCCACCGUUCUCAUGGAAAGCGAGCUUAUUCUUGAGAACGCGAAGACAUUAAAACUGGAUUCGCUUUUGUACCGUAUCGUAGAAAGGCCCUCAGGGUUUUCCUUUUUGCAAUCCUACGGAUGGAUCGAGAAGGAGCUGCGACGCUGGGAGAGCACCGCGUCGGUUGAGUAUGUGAAGAUGAUGAAUCUGCAAAUCAUGGGUGAGUUUAACGUCACGGCGAACUACAACUCCACCCGACCUGUCAAACGAUGGCUGCACUCCCGCUCCAUCUCCGAGAGCCUGACUAUGGAUUACUCCAAACUGUCGAUUGCGUCGCCCGUUUCCGGCGGCAUCCCAUUGUUGACGGCGGAGAACGCGAGUGAGAUGUUUUUUCCGGUUCACUUCGCGGCCUUCCUCUGCCGCUCCGUGGAGGGGUGCAUGGUGUUCAAGCGCAGUACCUUGUGGAUCCGCUCGGUAGCGCGGAUCCUAGAACAACCCCUCCCACCCGAUAUCGUCAGCGACCAUUACAUUAUCCAGGAUAACGAUAUCUCGGAGGAUAGCGAUGAGGAUAUGAUCUUGGAAAGCAUGGCGAUAUCCCAUUUGCAGGACACCCCGGAGUACUCCACCGUGCGGCAGUACUCCUCGCAGUCCUUCUCGGCCUUCCCGCACGCGGCGAUGAAUCGGGGUGGGGACUCCGGCGCGGCCUCCCCGGCCGCCGUCUCCACCGCGGAGCUCCGCGAGCUGCUCCAGGGCCGCCUUCCCAACCACAACGUGGUGCUCUCCGCCGUGCACAGCCACCAGCCCACGACGCGGUGCUACUCCACCGAGUGCGUCGGCGACGCGCUCUCGCUGAAGGACGCGCUGAUGUGCGUCUGCCAGGCCGGCUCCAGCGACGCGGGGUAUGAACUCCUCCGCGCGACGCCGACCCUGCUGCGGCGGAUCCUUUCGCUCUCCCGCUUCAGCGCGACGAUGUCGAUCCGGGGGAUUGGGAUCAUCGGGGGGUGCGUGCUGAGCCGCUGCCGGCGCUUCGCGGAGGACCUCGCGCGGGAUAACAUCGUGGUUUUCUUCAACCCGAACGCCUACAUCAGCGCAGAUGGCGUCCCUUAUUCCGUCGCCUUUGCCCACGGGAAGGUGGUGCGGAGCAUCAUGAAGAAGUACGCCGCCACGGAUACGAUCGUCGAGCACAUCUACAACGACGGCAAGUCCCCUGACACCACCGGCGUCCCCAAACGGAUCUACGAGAACGUCUUCGCGCUGUCGAACCCGGUGAGCCGGGAGGGCGCCAAGACGGUGUUGUAUAAGAUGAUGCGGCGCCGCCCGGAGCUCUUUUUGGAGCCUAGCGUGCAGCGACUUUGCCUUGAUGCGGCCGCCAUGUAUCGGAUGCGCCAUGCGGAGCGAAAAUUCAUCGCGGAUUUGGUCGAAAACGCUCAGUUGACAACCCCGCGAGGCCGGAGGGAGGGGUAA